CUUUCUACAGAACACAGGACCUAUUUAAAGAUGCGCGCCGGCGCCACAGCGGCACGGUUGAGGGCUGGGGUCUCUAACGUGCCGCAGCAAUGGCCAGACACGUCGAGCUCUAUAACGGCGCCAAGAUGCCCCUCCUGGGGCUGGGCACCUGGAAGUCAUCUCCGGGCCAGGUGACUGAGGCUGUGAAGGUAGCGAUUGACCUUGGGUACCGCCAUAUCGACUGUGCUCAGGUAUACCAGAACGAGAAGGAGGUGGGGGUGGCCCUUCAGGAGAAGCUCAAGGAGCAGGUGGUGAAACGCCAUGAACUCUUCAUCGUCAGCAAGCUGUGGUGCACAUUCCAUGACAAGAGCUUGGUGAAAGGAGCCUUCCAGAAGACCCUCAGCGACCUGCAGCUGGACUACCUGGACCUCUAUCUGAUUCAUUGGCCAACAGGCUUUAAGCAUGGUGAUGACUAUUUUCCGUUGGAUGCGGCAGGCAGCGUGGUUCCCAGUGACACUGAUUUUGUGGACACCUGGAUGGCCAUGGAAGAGCUGGUGGAUGAAGGGCUGGUGAAAGCAAUUGGCAUCUCCAACUUCAACCAUCUCCAGAUUGAGAGGAUCUUAAACAAACCUGGCUUGAAAUAUAAGCCGGCAGUUAACCAGAUCGAGUGCCACCCGUACCUAACUCAGGAGAAGUUGAUCCAGUACUGCCAUUCCAAAGGCAUUGUGGUGACUGCCUACAGCCCCCUAGGUUCUCCUGACAGGCCCUGGGCCAAACCCGAGGACCCUUCACUCCUGGAGGAUCCCAGGAUCAAGGCGAUUGCAGACAAGUACAAUAAAACGACAGCCCAGGUGCUGAUCCGAUUCCCCAUGCAGAGGAAAUUGGUGGUGAUCCCCAAGUCUGUGACACCUGCACGCAUUGCAGAGAACUUUCAGGUCUUUGACUUUGAGCUGAGCAGCGAGGACAUGGCCACCUUACUCAGCUACAACAGGAACUGGAGGGUGUGUGCCUUGGUGAGCUGUGCUACCCACAAGGAUUACCCCUUCCAUGCAGAGUUUUGAAGCUGUGGAUGCCUGCUGUUCCACAGGGAACUUGCACCUGUUCCUGCCUCAUUUUUCCUUGCAAGUUAGUGUGGCUUGUGUCCCUCAGCAAUGGGCAACACUGGGUUGCUAGCUUGACACUGGAUGUGAAGAGCAAUAUCAGUAGAUUAGGUCUCUGCCAAUCUUUUGCCUUUCUUCUUGCUCAUCUUGGGAAGUACAACCUGAGCACACUUUUAUGAUUAAAGAGAAGCAAAAACUACAAAUUUAAAAUAGUGCCACUAACCAUUCUGACUGAGUUCUGACUGCUUGGAACUGUAAUCCUUUCAGCCAGACUUCUCUUUGCCUCAAAUAAAAAGUUUUUGUGAACUAGA